UAACGCUGAUCCAACGCCAAUUGCCAAAUUGCCAUUUUGUGAUUCUUCGAUCUACCGAGGUAUAACUGUAAAGAGAAAGCAUGGCUAGGUAUGAUCAUAUGGUAUACACAAUUGGUAGAGAAAUUGUUUGCCUAGAUUCUAAAAAAAAAGUUAUCAACAUAAGAGCACAUCAUGUGAACUUUACGAUGAUCUGAGUCAAUUUUGAGAUUAUAAAGUCAAAACUUUAAAGCAAAGUCAUAAAAUCGAUUGUGUGGCAAAGAUAGAUUUUUAAUUUUUAAUUUUUUUUGGCAAACGAUAGGUUUAAUUACAUGAUUGGGAAAACAGGUUAAUAGAUAUGUCUAAUCUAAUAAUUAGGUAAAGAUGUGUUAAGAAGAUAAAAAUGACAUCUGAAAUUAUAAAAAUAAAUGUGUAUAUAUUUAGUCACAACAUGUUCAGUAAGUCCAAAUUUAAAACAUGUCAUGAUAAAUUUCAAUAGAACUUUAACUUAAUAGAUUAGAUAUAUUUUUAAAAAAUAAUAUCAUUUUUAUAUUUCUACACUAUAUCAAAACUAUUGUUAUUACAAAAAUACACUGAAUCAAACUCCAUAUAUAUUAUAAUAUUUUCUAUCUUCGAAAAAAAUAGCAACAAACAUUAGAAACAGACCAUAAAAAAAAUAAUUUUAAAAGUUCAAAGUCUAAAUUAAUUCUAAUUAAGGAAAAAACUAAAACAAAAUUCAACAGUUUUAUUACAUGUGUGAUAAGAGCAUCAUUAUCCACCGUAGUUAGAGAGUUGCUUAGGUUAAUGAGGCAAUUAAAAUAAAUGAAAAAGACUAAAAAUUAAACGGGACGUCGCUUGAUGAGGCAACGCAAGGAACGGUAGUUUAGGACACGUGUAGGGUAGAUGAGAAGAGAGAGGAUGAGCCUGAUUACGGUUUGCUUUGGUUCUCUCCUCUCUUUCUCUCGAAUCCGCUCCAUCAUCGGCGAAGGAGAAGGCGAUUCUCUCUCCCUCUCCAUGAUUCCUCUCCGAGACGGCCAUGAUCCCUCUCUCCCCCGGUCGUCGAGGAAACGGGAUCCUCUAUCUCCGUGUCUCGUAGACGAAACGACGAUGCUCGCUCUCUUCGUGGCUCCUCGAGAGGAAACGAAGACGGACCUCUCUCUCGGUGGCUGUCAUCGAGGACGGAAAUCACUGAUUAUCUCCCUCUCCGUGGGUGUCCUCGAAGUCGAAGGACCGCUCUCUGCGUCUCUGUGGAUCUACUGGAAUUGGAAGGUUCGAUUCUUUCUCGCGGUGGCUCUCGUCGACGGCGAUAUAUGGCUCUGUGUCAGUGGAUCUCGUCAACGGCACCGGAGGUCUCUGUCGAUGGCUCCGAUUCGCUCAGAUGAAGGUCUGUCUGGAGAGAUUACAGGAGCAACAAGCAUUUCAUGUGGCUAGCUUCUGUCAACAUCUGGUCGGAAAUUCACCACACACGGUUCAUCAAUACAGGAGCAUUGGAAGUGGAAGGUUCACGGAGGAACCAGUAUGAAGUCAAAUGUCGUGUAGUGUCACAGAUCAUUGGACGUGUAGUGUCACGGGGUUGUGUAGUGUAGUGUCACGUAAGCUUAUGUUAUUGUCGUGUAGUGUCACGACAUUGUUGUUGUGUGGUGUGUUUCGACCAAACUUUUUUAUUCUCAUGUGUAUAAACUUGUACCAAACUCAAUAUUAUCAUGUCUAUAUAUUGCAAUUGGUAUUAUCAUGUCACUUGCACCUCUUUCUCUUCUCUCACAAAUCUUUCUCUUCUCUCACAAUUUUAUCAUAAGUUAUA